GAGGGAGGAAGAACCGCGGAGGCCUUUGCAUUGGGCUUGUUUAGCAUUGCUCACACACAACCCCUCAUCAUGAACAGUGUUGCUGCUGCCCUCCUUGUGUGGACUCUGACUUCUCCCAGCAGCAGUGGUCAUGGCAGAGAGGAAGCUUGGCCCACUCACAUGGCCUGCAGCGGUGGGGGCUUGGAAGUAUUCUACCAGAGUUGCGAUCCCUUACAGGACUUUGGCCUUUCCAUUGACCAGUGUUCCAAGCAGAUCCAACCAUACCUCAACAUUAGAUUUGGCAUCAUUCUAAGAGAGGACAUCAGAAAGCUGUUUCUGGACAUAGCUCUUGUCUCAAAAGGUGCUUCCAUUCUGAACUACUCCUAUCCCAUCUGUGAGGAGGACCUGCCCAAGUUCUCUUUCUGUGGAAGAAGAAAAGGAGAGCAGAUAUACUAUGCCGGCCCUAUCAAUAAUCUUGGAAUUGAUGUUCCACAGGGCGAAUACCAGAUUUUGCUGGAACUGUAUAAUGAAAACCGUGCCACUGUGGCUUGUGCCAACGCGACUGUCAUCAGCUCUUGACCAUGGCCUGCCAGAAAAUGCACAGCAAGCUCGACCUUGGUGAACCCCAAGGUCCCCAGACUCAGCUGCCUGUAAGAAGAACCACUGAUGACCAAGAGAGGCUCUACAAAGAAAUUCCACAUGGGCCCCCUGCCAAUCUUAGCCCCAGGGACAGAUGCUUCCAGACCCCACAAAAGUAAUAAGGCCUCCAAAAUGAUGUUUCUAAGGACUCUAAGUAGUAGAGCCAUUACCCAUGUGUAAUGGCUCUCCUUAUGUAAUUGCAUCUCAUCAAAUGUACCUCCUUGUCUGCUCCUUAGGAACACUUCCUUGCGGUUGCCCAGGAUUUAAAAAAUAAAAACACCUGGCCUACA